ACAAUGGCAACUCAAAGACUCACAGAAGCUGCCGCAUUCAGCUACUACCCGCUCAACGAAGAUCGGAACGAGAUCCGGGUCCUCAACCUACAGACAAUCGAACGGCCACCUCUUGCCAAGUUUCGCGAUGAGCCAUCGGAAUGGCAUGGCCUCGUACACUGUACGAUAGAGCAUGUUUCACUUGAUGCACAUCUGCCAGACUAUAGAGCUUGGUCGUCACAAACACCGCAGCUGUCUCGGAGGAAUAGCGACGAGCGCUGGCGACGGUUCUCGAAUGAGCGAUAUCGAUCCUUGAGCCCGACAAGAGUGAGCUCGCCGUUCGAGAGACCACGGGCGCAUCAUCGCUAUCAUCGCUUUUCAUGGGGUGACUACGGAGCCCUCAGCUACACUUGGGGAGACCAGACUGUGAAAGUGCCGAUCAUCGUGAAUGAUCAGGUGGUGCUGGUCGGUCAAAGCUUAGAGUCGGCUCUGCGAGCUUUAUCUUCGGAUCCGGACUAUAUCGACGGUGUGAAAAUCUGGGCCGAUGCAAUCUGCAUCAAUCAGAAAGACCUGGCCGAGCGUAAUAGUCAAGUAAAGCGCAUGCGUCAGAUCUAUGGCAAAGCGCUCAUCGUCUCGAUCUGGUUGGGCGAUAUUCCCAACGAAUCGGUUCCCGACAUGGCUCAGCUACACGAAUUGAUAAUCAAAUCAGAAGACAAAGCUGCAGCAUCUGAGGUGCUGGACGUAGCAAUGGCGGACCCAGAAAAGAAGGAAACCAUCCGGAGGGCCAUCGAUGUAGUUGUUAAGAAGACAUACUGGUCACGGAUUUGGGUAAUCCAGGAGAAAUGCCUGGGUCCCUUCAACCCUUCCAUUCUUUUUGGGACGUUUCGAAUGGGAUUAGUGCCGUUGCAUAACUUCCUCCAGAGUGUCACAAACAUCCACGGUGCUGUGAGGGCUCGUGAGAAAGUGUGGCGAAUCUUGAAGUUGGUUGAGUUAGUAACUGCGACUCAAGACCGUGUUCGCCGCGGUCGAGCUCAGACAGACGAGGAGCGUAGGCAAGAUCAAGACGAUCUUGGACUGCUCUUGAUGAUUGGGAGAAUGGCAGGCUCACUCGACUUGAGAGACCGUUUGUACGGAUUAAUGGGCAUGAUACCGGAAUAUGUGGCCAAACUCAUCGAACCGGACUAUACGAAGAAUGUAGAAGAUGUGUUCUCAGAUUUUGCUAGCGCUCUUAUCACUGGCUUCGAAUCUUUCGACAUAGUUCUGACUGGGACGACGGAAUCGACUCUCAAGCUUCCUUCCUGGGUGCCGGAUUUGACAUCUCCGUGGGAUCCUUAUCUCUGGGGGUCAGAUUGUAACGCCAGCUGGGGACAAAAAGCCAAGUUCCGGCUAGAAAACGACGGGAAGGUCCUGAUUACUAGCGGAUAUCUCGUCGAUGUGGUAGAUGGGUUGGCUCCUUUCUUGGGUUGGAAGCACGGUGGGCUCGGUGUUUGGCAAGAUGCCGUCCAGCCGGCAUCUGUUGAAAUGCCGAGUGAUCCCAAGGCGGCAAUCGUACGGACCCUUCAUCGAGCUGCGGUCUACGACUGUGACUCAGGAACAACGAUUCUUGAUAUUCCUUGGCUCAAGAGCCUGAGUCCCGACGAUCCAGACAUCGUGGUGCUGGAGAAGCGUGGCUGGGGCAAAGUUCUCAGACACGCUAAUCUCAACGAUUUGACUCAGUUUCGCAAGCAGGUUAACGACAAUUUCCAACCUUGGGGUCGGAAGUUUCAGUCCUUCUUUCCCCAUGUUCAAGACGUCGGAGAUUGUGUAGAUCCUAAGCCCUUCUUGGAAUCACUUGACAAGCACGUUGGAAUCGUGUACCCGGUCUUCACCACGGAGAAGGGGCUUUUCGGCACCGCAAUUCUUCAACAAAUACAGAAGGGAGACUCAGUUUUCGUUCUACCAGGAUGCUCAGCGCCCAUUAUUAUGCGGCAGGAAAAUGGCCAUUGGAAAGUUAUCUCCCAGUGCUUCGUGGAUGGUCUUAUGCGUGGGGAGAUAAAGACUGUGGUGGAUGGGAAUGGCUUCAAAUUGACAAAAAUACGAAUAAGCUAGGCAGAGAAAACUUCCAAUUUCGCCCCAGUCCAUUGUUUAACCAAGUCAUGUUCCGCUUCAACGACUGCUAUGCUAGCUCGAAGUGUUUGCGGUCUCGAGAUGCAAUUCCCGUUGAGUCAAAUACUUUCUUGGUAUUGCUG